CAGAAGCAUUCCGCAGGCACAAUGUCGAGUGGAAGCGGCAGCGGAGUGCCAUUCCUGGUGCAAGCGACAGUGGCUCGACAGAUUUCUCUGCAGGAGUGUAUCGAUAUAGCCAUCAUCGAAUGGGCAAAUCAAGUGCUUAGAACAGGUAAAAUAUUUACCUUCAUAGGAAAGGGUCGUUAUGGCGAGGUGUGGCGUGGGAUUUUUCGGGGCGAGAACGUGGCAGUGAAAAUAUUCUCCAGUCGUGACGAGGCCAGCUGGGCCAGGGAAACGCACAUCUACAGCAGCGUUCUUCUCAGACACGAAAAUAUUCUUAGCUACUACGCCAGUGAUAUAACCUCUCGGUACGGAUGCACACAAUUGUGGAUUAUAUCCCACUAUCAUCCCUACGGUUCACUGUACGACUUUCUGCAAGCGCACGUAGUGGACACAAUCGCUGCGCUUCGAUUGGCCAAAACAGCCGCGUCCGGCCUCUGCUACCUUCACUCCUGCAUCCUCGGAUUGCAAGUUAGACAUAAAUACCCUAAAAGAUCGUAUAGAUUACUAUUUAGACCAAAUGGAAUUAACACCAUGCUAAUGAAUAUGGGAAAACCAGCGAUAGCUCACAGGGACAUCAAGUCAAAGAACAUUUUGGUUCAGGCGAACGGUACUUGCAGCAUUGGAGAUCUGGGAUUAGCUGUGAUGCAGGCAUCUGGCUCAACGGAAAUGGAUAUUGCCCAACCGAACCACAUGGUAGUUGGUACAAAAAGAUACAUGGCGCCAGAAAUACUUGCCGAUGAUGGUCUUGAGGAAUGUCCUGAAUCUGGUGAAGGGAUACUGCCACAUGAUUUUGAGAUUUCAGCAUAUCUUCAAAGCAAAAAUCGAAUGAACGAUACGUCAUCAGUGCCUAGUACAGUUGGCUUCAACUUUGAGGAAUUGAAAGCUGCUGACGUCUACGCAUUUGGGUUAGUACUUUGGGAAAUCUUUCGUCGAUGCGUGUCGGAAAAUGGUGAGGUCUAUCCGCCAUGUGUGCCUUACUGGAAUAAAGUUUCCGCUGACCCCAGCUUUGCUGAAAUGCGUCGGGUGGUUUAUGUCGAGGGUGAACGUCCGCCUAUUUCGGAGCGUUGGCAGAACUCGAGGGUACUUGCUCGCUGCGCCAGUCUGAUGCAAGAAUGCUGGCAUGCAAAACCUGAUGUUCGUUUGCCCAUAUUAAGGAUUAAAAAGACUCUUGAUGAGACCUUUCUGGAGGCGGUAAAGGAAGUCGGCGAAAGCAAAUUUCCGGACCCCGUAAUUGUUGUAACGGAUUCGCAAACACAUGCAGACAGUGGAAUUAACAGUCGCAGCCAAGGCAGCACUUUCCAGUGUACUUCAGUCACACCCUACUAUCAGGCGGUCGCUAGCAACAGAGUCCGCAGUCCCCGGGAGGUACUCGCCUUGGGGCGUAUUAUGCGCUGUCCUGUGGAGAGUCAAUUCAUCGCAAAUCCCUCUACUUCUGUUAACUGUGUAGGAGGAAAACCAGCUGCUGUGGAAGAGGAACAAAAAUUUUUCUGA